UCUUUGAGACUUCUUCGACCAACCCCCACUCCCCGCGCGAACUCCCGCACGGAAACCAGACAGAGCGAGAGCGAGCGAGAGAGAGAGAGAGAGCUUGAGAACUGAAUCCAUGGCGGAGGCCCAGAGCAACGACAGAGCAUCGCGAUGGACUCUCCGGGGCAUGACUGCUCUCGUCACCGGCGGCACCCGCGGCAUCGGGCACGCGAUAGUGGAGGAGCUGAGCGGGUUCGGCGCGACCGUGCACACCUGCUCGAGGAACGAGGGCGAGCUGAGCAAGUGCCUGAAGGAAUGGGAAGGCAAGGGCUUUCGGGUCACCGGGUCGGUCUGCGACUUGUCUUCUCGUGAUCAGCGAGAGGAUCUGAUGAAGGAGGUGUCCUCUAAGUUCGGCGGCAGGCUCAACAUUCUCAUAAACAAUGCUGGAACGAAUUUUAGGAAGCCAACCGUCGACUAUACAGCUGAAGAAUUUUCAAAAAUUAUGGCUACCAACUUUGAUUCUGCCUAUCAUCUUUGCCAAGUUGCUCAUCCUCUCCUGAAAGCAUCAGGAGCUGGUAGCAUCAUCUUCAUUUCCUCGGUUGCUGGGGUCGUCAGUUUAGGCACUGGAUCUAUUUAUGCUGCCACUAAAGGUGCAAUGAACCAAGUUACAAAGAACCUGGCUUGUGAAUGGGCAAAAGACAACAUUAGGAGCAACUCCAUAGCUCCAUGGUAUAUCAGGACCUCGCUUGUGGAAAAUCUGCUGAAGAACAAGGAGUUUUACGACGGGAUAAUAUCUCGGACCCCACUUCAGCGUGUUGGAGAACCCAAGGAGGUCGCAUCACUAGCUGCAUUCCUUUGCUUGCCGGCUGCAUCAUACAUCACGGGUCAGGUUAUCUCUGUUGAUGGAGGGAUGACUGUGAAUGGGUUUAACCCAACUGCGCUGUUAUAUUGAUUGGUCAAACCAAUUUGCUUCUCGAUGAAACGGUCCCAUCCAGGAACCCUCACUCUUUCUCUCUCUGAAAGUUGGUAUAAGAACUGCAAACUAUGAAUAUUCUUGUUAUGACAUUUGUUUUCAACUUAGCUCCAAUAUUCCAGAAGUUUUCGCCCAUAA